ACAGAAAAAAGAGUAUUUUACAAUACGCCUAAAGAGGGUUGUGUACUUUGUGGCGAAGACCACUAUGUUUACAAAUGUCAAGGCUUUAUACAAAUGUCCAUUCAAGACAAGAAAGCAUUUAUUGAGAAGAAUAACCUUUGUUUCAAUUGCAUGAUACCUAACCAUGCAGUGAAACAAUGUAAACAAAAGUCAAGAUGUCGCAUUUGUGGAAAACGCCAUCACACGCUCAUUCAUACUGAGUAUCACAACAACAAACCUCCUGAAAAUAACGAACGACAAGACAAUUCAACCCAAGGAUACAAAGAGACACAAAACACACAGACAAAAGAGAGAGAAAACAUAGCAACACAUUACGCAAUGGAAGCUGGAGUCCAACAUACAACUAACAUCUUGUUAGCCACGGCACUUGUCAAGGUGACCGCCGAGAACGGACGUACACUACAACUACGAGCACUUAUCGAUCAAGGGUCUGAAGGAUCAUUCAUCACCGAGAAAGCUGCACAAGACCUGGGUCUUAAAAAACGUACAAUAAACGGCACAAUCAGCGGCUUAGGAAAUAAUGUCAUGAUGCACACUAAACACAUAGUAACAUUGAAUCUACAAUCAGAAUAUGACAGAACAUUCAAACUCCCAGUAAAGGCAUAUGUGCUAAGGUCAUUGACCCGUCUUCUACCGUCAAGACAAGUUGACAUGCAAUGGAAACACAUACAAGGUUUACAACUAGCUGAUCCACAUUACGGCACACCAGCUUCAAUAGAUCUUCUUCUUGGAGCUGAAGUCUACAGUAACAUUAUAUUGGAGGGUGUGAAACCUGGGUCUCAUAAUACACCAUUAGCACAGAAUACUAGACUCGGGUGGAUUUUAUCUGGAGAGAUCAACUUAACUUAUGCCAAUGACUCAAAACAUAACGUAAUCAACAUGCACAUAUCAACACAUCAAGAAGAUAACGACAUUUUACAAAAAUUCUGGGAACUUGAAUCUGGAGACACAUACAAAAACAAAAAACAAUUAACUGAAGAAGAACAAAAAUGCGAGACAAUCUUUGAAGAAACAUACACCAGAGACAGUAAAGGAAGAUACAUAGUUGAGAUUCCAUUUAAACAGAAGAAUUUAGACUAUGGCAACACGAAACAAAUAGCAGAGAAAAGAUUAGAAUACCUAGAGAAGAAACUUGACAAAGACAAGGAACUGAAGACAGAAUACACAAGAGUUUUGAUGGAGUAUAUGCAACUGAACCACAUGGAAGAAAUAACCAAUAACGAGAACGAGAACACAUGUAAUUCAUUUUACAUGCCUCAUCACGCUGUGCUAAAACCAGAGAAAACAACAUCUAAACUAAGAAUAGUAUUUGAUGCAUCAUGCAAGGGUCCUAAUGGAAAAUCCCUCAAUGACAACAUGUUAAUUGGCCCUAAACUACAGCAAGAUUUGAGACAAAUUGUUAUGAGAUGGCGUAAACCUGAAAUCGCCUUUACAUCAGACUGUGUUAAAAUGUAUCGUCAAAUUAAAGUAACCAAUGAGAGUGCUAACUAUCAGAAAAUUUUAUGGCGAGUAAACGGUGAAUUAAAGGAAUUUCGACUUACCAGAGUUACAUUUGGCACAGCUUGCGCACCUUAUCUUGCUACAAAAACUCUCCAACAACUAGCAGCAGAUGAAGAACAGAAUUUCCCCAUAGCUUCUAAAAUUGCAAAAACAGACUUUUACAUGGACGAUCUACUUUCUGGAGCUGACAACUUAGAAGACGCCUUUGAAAUUUAUUCCCAAAUGACAAAUUUAAUGAAUGCUGGAGGAUUUCAAUUGCAAAAGUGGGCAAGUAACAAAUCAGAGUUUGAGGAACAAAUAGAAAAUGGUGAUUCCAAAACAGAUGAAGCGUACAUACUGAAAUCAGAAACUAUUAUAAAAACUUUGGGAAUCAGAUGGAAUAAAAAUACAGACAAAUUUCAGUAUGACAUAAACUUACGACCUCCAACGAAUCAUGUCACAAAAAGAUUUAUUCUUGGUGAAAUAUCACGACUAUUUGACCCGAUGGGAUGGCUGGCUCCGGUUGUUGUGGUAGCUAAAAUAAUCAUACAAAAAUUAUGGUUGGCUAGAGUUACAUGGGACGAAGAUGUUCCAAAAGAUAUAGAGACAGAAUGGUUCAACUUCUGCAAUGACCUGGAACAAGCAAAAAAUAUAUACGUAAAUAGAUGGUUAAACACAAACAACAAUGAUCUAAAGAUAGAAUUGCAUGGUUAUAGUGACGCAUCACAGAGUGCGUACGCAGCAGCCGUUUAUUUACGAGUCGUCAAGGCUGACGGAACCAUACACGUUCGCCUUAUUACAGCAAAAACUCGAGUCGCACCAAUCAAGACCGUCUCCAUACCAAGACUCGAAUUAUGUGGUGCUGUACUUUUGACAAAAUUACUACACGAAACAGCUGAAUGCCUUGAUGUAGCUCCUGCUGACAUUCAUGCUUAUACAGACUCGACUAUAGUAUUAGCGUGGCUACAAUGCCACCCUUCAAGAUGGAAGACAUUCAUUGCUAACCGAACCUCUGAAAUAUUAACUGUCCUACCUGCGACAUGUUGGAGCUAUGUAGAGUCGACGCAAAAUCCUGCUGACGUGGCUUCUCGCGGAGCUCCCCCAAGUCAACUCUUGCAAUCUGACUUGUGGUGGUCAGGACCUGAAGAACUUCUGAAAAAAGAACUCACAUACAAGCAAUUAAAGGAGAACACAACAGACCUGGAAAAGAAAAAAGAAAGGAUUAAUGUUUUCAAAAAUACAAUAACAGAAAAUGAAGACUUUGAUUUACUUCGGAGAUAUUCAAGUUUAACAAAACUAUUACGAGUAACAGCAUACAUACUAAGAUUCUUUACCAAGGAAAAACCAAGAGAAAUACAUCUAACAGGAAUAGAAAUAAAUAAAGCCAGAGAAGUAUGUAUAAGAUUAUGUCAAAAAGAAGUGUUUCAAGAUGAAAUUGAAAGAAUAUCUACAAAUAAAAAUGUUAGAAAGGACAGUAAACUUCGUAACUUAAACGUCUUUCUAGACAACAAGGGAAUUCUAAGAGUGGGGGGGAGAUUACAACAAAGCAACUUACCUGAUUGUACUAAACACCAAAUAAUCCUACCUGGAAAUCAUGCAUUUACGAAAUUAAUACUUACCGAUUACCACAUACGUACCUUACAUGGCGGUCCAACGAUGGUUUUGAGUAACGUCCGCAGACGAUACUGGAUAGUUCAUGCUAAGAGCCUCGUUCGACAAGUAGUUCACCAGUGCAUGAAAUGUGCUAGAUUCCGAGUCAACUCUAGAACCCAGAUGAUGGGGUCCUUGCCUGAUGCCCGUGUUACACCCUGUAAACCUUUUUUGCACAGUGGGGUCGAUUUUGCAGGACCAAUUGACUUGAGACUUUCAAAGGGUAGAGGUUGCAAAACACAGAAAGGUUAUAUAGCCAUUUUUAUUUGUAUGGUGACCAAGGCCAUACAUAUUGAAAUUGUCACAUCUUUAAAUACUCAAGAUUUUGUCGCAGCUUUCAAACGCUUCGUUGCUAGGCGAGGAAAAUGUUCAGACAUGUGGAGCGAUAAUGGGACGAAUCUAACAGCUGGAAAUAAAGAACUUAGAAAAUUAUUUGACAAGAGUACCGAAAAUUUGCAAUCAGAAGUGAAGAACAUCCUGGCUAACGAUGGUACUACAUGGCAUCACAUACCACCUUCAGCUCCGCACUUCGGUGGCCUGUGGGAGGCUGGGGUGAAGUCAAUUAAAUUCCACCUAAAACGUGUUCUUGGAAAUACUACGCUAACAUACGAGGAGAUGUCUACAGUCACUUCACAGAUCGAGGCAUGCUUAAACUCUCGACCAAUAUCUCCAAUGAGUGAUGAUCCUACAGAUUUGUUGCCAUUGACCCCUGGUCACUUUCUUCUGGGUGAAUCUCCAACUAUCGUUCCAGAGGAGAGCUAUUUGGAUUCAAAUAUUAAUCGACUAACGAGAUGGCAGCUAACACAAAGAAUGUUCCAGGAUUUCUGGAAAAGAUGGUCGAGUGAAUAUUUAUCACGGCUGCAACAACGACCUAAAUGGAUGACCAAACAACCGAAUUUUAAGACCGGAGAUCUAGUUUUAUUGAGAGACGAUAGUUUACCACCCUCCAAAUGGUCACUAGGAAGAGUAGUAGAAAUCUACCCCGGUGAAGAUAAUUUAGUGAGAGUGAUAUCAGUGAAGUGUAAAAAUUCAAUUGUUAAGAGACCAAUUACCAAAGUGUGUUAUCUUCCAAAUUAGUGAAUUUUGUUUACUUAUGGACGUUUAAAUAGAGACUUUAAAAACCUUUAUUAUU